AAAAGGGCGCACAGAUAGUAGUAAACUGGCUCAAACUUUGAGGGAGUGGGGCUGUUCAUCCGCGCUUCGGUGAACUGUCACGCUAACUUCGUUCGCAGCUGUUUGGUUUUUCUCUUUAUUCCCGGAAUGGUGUGAAUGUCCCGCCGAGAGAAGAACGACUCUGAUAUCCGCAUCCACCGGAGCGACUUCAAACUUCGACCAAGUUUACUCGCAUUUCCAGGAGGCUGUGCACGCUGGAGCUUGAAGCUGACUUCCUGUAGACGGCUUCAUUGAGAGGAAGUCUUGAAAAGCAGGAGAAAGGUUGCUCACCCACCUUCCUCACACUGGAAGCUGCAGGAUAAUAACAAAAUGGCGAGAAGAUCCUCCAUUCCCGUGUUACUUCUUGCAGUAUGUUGCCUGGCAUCUGCAGGGCCAUUGUCUCGCAGCCCAUGUGAGCUGCUGCCAGUGGGGAUGGGACAUCCGGUGCAGGCCAUGUUGAAGAGCUUUACGGCCCUGUCGGGCUGUGCAAGCCGGGGCACCACCAGCCUGCCUCAGGAGGUCCACAUCAUCAACCUGAGAGGACAUGCUCCAGAGGGACCAGGCAACACCCAGGCAGAGGUUGAGUUGCAUCUGAAGCCCAUCCAGUCUCUGAUGCGCCACCAGAAGCCCCUGGUCUUCGUGCUUAACUCCCCCCAACCUCUGAUCUGGAAGAUCAAGACAGACAACCUGGCCCUGGGCAUAAAACAUACCUUUCAUGUAUCAGAGGGCUCAGAGGUCCGCUUUCAGCCGGGAAACUUCUCCAUCUUGUGCCAGAUCCAGAAGGAGACCCUUCCCCAUGGCAAUGAGCACCUCCUCAGCUGGGCCCAGAAGAAGUACAGGGCAGUCACCUCUUUCUCUGAGCUCAGGAUGACUCAAGAAAUCUACAUCAAAGUCGGUGAAGAUCCGGUGUUUUCUGACACCUGUAAGAUUGAUACCAAGUUCCUGUCUCUGAACUACCUGGGCGGCUAUGUGGAGCCACAGACAUCAAAGGGUUGUGUCCUGUCUGGACCCGACAGAGACCAAGAGGUCCACAUCAUUGAGCUCCAAGCCCCCAACUCCAGCAGUGCCUUCCAGGUGGAUGUCAUAGUGGAUCUACGUCCUCUGGAGGACGAUGCCCCCCUGCAACGCGAUGUUGUCUUGCUGCUCAAGUGCGCCAAGUCUGUCAACUGGGUCAUCAAGGCCCACCGUGUGAUUGGCAAGCUGGAUGUGGUGGCCUCUGAUACUGUGAGUGUUAGCUCAAAUACAGAGAGACUGAUGCAAGUGUCAAAAUCCCCCAAGCAGCACUUGCCAUCAGGACCACAAGCCUUGAUCAAGUGGGCAGAAGAUCACGGCUACAGUCCAGUCACGUCGUACACCAGCACUCCUGUGGCUAACCACUUCAAUAUCCGACUCAGAGAGCCUGAUGUGGUGGAUCCUCUGGAGAGCAGGUUGCCUCCAGAGCUCUCCAUCCUGCGUGACUCCAGUCCUCAUCCAGGGGCAGGAACAGCUUCACGACGCUCAGGUCUGCCCUUCAACUUCCCCUUCCCCCCGUCCGUGCCUGACGGCCUUCCCUACCUGCGCCUGCCCCUGCCCCCCUCCCUUGACGACCGGCCCUGGGAGAACGGAGAGCCGGAGGAGCAGCAGGGUGUUCUGAGUGUCGGCCUCAGUGUGCAGUGUGAGGACACGAGGAUGGUGGUCAGCAUCGACAAAGAGAGCCUACAAGCGAUCGGGUUUAUUCAUGCCAACCUCACUCUCCAAGACCCAGAAUGUAAAGCAACAGUCAAUGCCACCCACUACACCCUGGAAACUCCUCUGACUGGCUGUCAGACCACCGUAUAUCCCGUGCAGGGUAGCCCACUGGCCCUCCACAUCAACUCUGUCUUGAUAAGUCAUGCUGAGACUAAGGAUGGGAGUGGUGGGCCGCUGGAUUAUGUGGAUCUGGAAUCCGGAGACGUGGUGGGCCUCAGGGCCUCAGGGGAGGUAGAGAGGACACUGGGAGAGCCCACAGAGCACCAGUCUGUCAUAACGUUCAAUUGCACAUACAGAAAGAACCAGAACCAGGAAACCUCAGAAACCCUUCCCAGGAUUGUGCCGGGGCCAGCCAGGCAACCGGUCAACAACAUGACGUUCAGUAUGGAGUUGUACAACACAGCGUGGUCCAACAGCCCCACACGGCAGGCCUUCUACACGGUGUCACAAAAUCAGCAAGUCUUUGUGGAGGUCACAUCAGCUGCAUCAGAUCCAGAUCUGGGGUUCACCAUCAUAUCGUGCUCCAUCUCUCCCAACUCCAACCCCAGCGUGGCCUCAAACUACACUCUCAUUGAGACAGUCUGCCCCACAGAUGACUCCGUCAGCAUCUAUCCUCAGAGGGACUUCCCUGUCCCUCACGCACAGAUGGAUAAGAAAAGUUUCAGCUUCACCUUCAACUCAAAGUUUAACAUGUCCCUGCUUUUCCUGCACUGUGAGAUGUCUCUGUGCUCCAGGAGACCUCAGAGUAACCAAAGACUGCCACCGUGUUUACAACCCGAUGAGACCUGUGACUCUCUCAGUCUGGACAGUAUCAUGAUGAUGAUGAUGAACAGUAAGACAUCCACCAAGCCGCUGGUUGUGGUGGAUGGAUCAGGACGACCAGAUAUAACAGUUAUUCCUACGCACAGAGCCCCCCCCGGCCCACAGGAUCCUCCCAGUUAUGACACACUGUACGUGCUGGACACUCCGACCGUCGUGGGAAUCGCCUUUGCAGCCUUUGUGAUCGGGGCUCUGUUGACCGGAGCCCUGUGGUUCAUCUACUCACACACAGGUGAGACAGCUGGCACACAGCAGGUCCAGAAGUCUCAACCGGCCUCCGAGAACAGCAGCGCGGCCCAUAGUAUCGGCAGCACACAAAGCACACCCUGCUCCAGCAGCAGCACAGCGUAGCCCAGGACACCCCCCAGUGGGACACACAGCCCUGCCGUGGCACAGGAAGGGCCCGACGGUUCACAGGGGCCGGUUUGUUGAUUUCCUUCCACAACAGGAAUUAUUUUGGGGGAUGUGAAAAAAGAAAAAAAACACACAAUAACACCCUUAGCUCUUGUGUUAAGUCCCUUUGUGCCACUUCAAGUGUGUGCAGACAAAUGUCCUGUCCUGGUGUCACUGGUGUGUAACAGUUCUAGCACCCAGCUCGGCAGCCUCACCUCAUAUCUAGUACAAAAAACUACACAGAACAAACGUGAGUUUGUACCAGGCAUUUCUUUCUAAUCCAAAUGCUGCUUUUUUUCCUGACCACAACAGAGCAGUGACGUCAGUGUUAGUUAGUGUAGACGUUGAUGGCUGUACUGUAACAUGUUACUUAAUGACACGCAACCCUCAAGGUGGCAAAAGAGCAAAGCAACCACUAUUAACAUGUGGAUGAAAGAGCAGUGUGAACCGGAGCCGUCAUCUGGAGCCAAAGACAGAUAAUGGCUUUAAAAGGCAGAGGAGGUAUUGAAUGUAUGCAGGAGAGUAGAUACCAAAAACUGUGAAAGAAAAAUGUGAAAGUCGUGCUGAUAAAAUGCCACAUUUCAUAACAUACUCAUUUCACUUCUUCUGGAUUUAUACACUCACAGGUUGGUAAAAAAAACAAACAUAUUUUACCAGUUCUUUCUAUACAGUAGUUCUAAUAAGGGAUUAUAUUGUGUUUCAGUAGAUCAGAGGUGUGAGUCUCAGUUUCAUAGAUGUUACACAGCUUUACAGGGGCAUUAUAGGUUCCCUUUUAUUAGUUGUUGUUAAUGCAAUAGUUCAACAUUUUGGGAAAUGCAGUGAUUUUUAUCGAGAAGUUAGAAGAGAAGACGGAUACCUCUCUCGAGCUCCAUGCAGGAGGUGUUGAGCCUAACUCAGCAUGAAGCAGAGGGAAACUGAACUCACAUACAGAAGCUCCCUCUGAAACACCACGCAGAUUUUUUUCUUUCUGCCUGUUCAGGUUUAAACAAACGUGAUAAUCAGUGAGCUGAGAUACGAAGUGAGUUUCCCAUGUUCUUUUUUUUUUUAACACACGUGUUAACACCACUGACACGUGAUAUCUCGUCAGUUGAAUCCGUAAAAACAUCAGUUUGGUGUUUCAGAGUAAGUUUCGUACAGUAACCCUCUUUGAAAAUGCUACGCUAAGCUAAUCACUUCCUGUCUUCAGCAUCAUACUCUGCAGAUGUCAGAGUGGUAUCUUCUUAUUUUGCUGAUGGAAAGAGAGCGAAUAAGAAUAUUUCCCAAAACUAUUCUUAGAAGAUGUGUAUAUUUUUGUAAAUAUUGUAAAUACUCCCAAAUGUCCUGAGGCAGAGUUAAAAGUCUGUGUCUGUGCUUCUGGAUUCGACAGCGUGAAGUCAAACACACACCACAGUACAAAGUCAGUGGGACACAGAUUUUUAUGAUGGCUUAGCAUAGCUGAUAUAGCUGGAGUCCACCUGUCUGUCCCUUUACACGAGGGCUGCCACUAAAUACUGUUUUCAUUAUUGAUCUGUUGUUUACUUUUACAGUUAUUUUAGAAAAUAUGAGAAAACAGUGAAAAAUAUUCAUCUGACCAUUUUAAAGCUGUAAAAAAGGAAUAUUUGGCCUUUUCCCUUCAUAAAUAACUGAAAGGAUGAUUUCUUUUGUCAGUUGUCUUAUCAGACAGAGUCCAGGACAGAGAAGAUUUGCCAAAUGUACAGUGAAUGAAUUUCCUUAUCUCAGUUCUUUUUGUGUACAAUCUUGGCACUGGCUGUGUUGAAUAAGCUGUAGCUUAAUCUCUUUGUUAUGGACAUAUAUUUUCAGAUGCUGCGGCUUCCCCACCGUCUCAGAAUGAUAUGAAUGUUGCUGUAGUGCCUUCCUGUUGUAACCUGUAUGUGUUUUUAUCAGACUGUGUGUGGGACUAACUGGGGAGUUCGAGAGCAGAAGUUUCCCCGUAACCAUUUAACUCUGGUAAGAAGUAACAAGAAAAACAGAAUGUAUGUUAACUCAAAGCUUUUGAUUUUCUUCUUCUUUUCACAUGUAAACAUGUAUAAAGCUUUUUACAGAGGGAACAGAGUAUAAAUAUAUAUAUUUGUGUAUAAAAUUAUAUUUUGGAAUAUAUUUACCAAGAGAAAUUUAUUGUCUUCUAUGUGUGUUAGUACUGUGAAUGGUGGAUGUGCUCAUACGAAUUUAUUUAGAUUAUUCACAACAGACUCAUGACAUGUUUUAUUUGACCGAUGCAGAUUUGUUAUACAAAUUAGUUUUUAAAUAAUCACACUCUGAGUUUGUUUUACUGACUAAUAAAAGUUAAAAAAGAACAGCGCCCUGACAAGACAAAAGAAAGUUAAAUCAAAUAAAAAAUCUAACUGAUCCUAAAAACUUUGAAACUUUUAUGUCAUUGUUUUUAAAAGAAUUCAUCAUAAACCAUGUCAGAGUUUAGAAUGAAUUCUACAGAGGAAUUAAACAGAGCAUGACCAGCAGAUUAUUUCUUCUGUACAAAACUCUGUGUUUCGUUGUCACAGUGAGUCGUCUGAUAUUUGGAUGGAACUUUUAUUUUCCCACUUGGCAAUAAUGACUCAUUACUGAAGCUGUUGCAUAUCAGUAUUUUGUAUAAAUCGUGUGUUUGCUAAAAAUAUUUUCAUAUGAAGUAAAUAAACGUGCAAAAUUUCUAUAUUUGAAUCAGUAUCUUAAAUAUCAGUUUCAUAUCUUUGAAGAGAAGUGGUAGUAAAACUAUUAAACUUUAUUUAAGCUUUAUUAGGUUCAAAACAAAAUCCAGAUCCCUGACCUGUGAUGUUGAAUAAUGAUAUUUAUCCUCUUAAAAUAAUUUUAAAAAUGACAUCAAUGCUACACCGCUGAUGUCCACAGUAAAAAACAUUCAGUUAGAAUGGAGAAAAUCCAACUUUGUCUUAUUUUGUUUCUGGAAACUCGACUGUUUGUUUGGAUGAAGUUCUGUUAGAACCACUUGGUUCUGGAGCAACAUUAGAACUUGUUUGUUUAGGCCUCAUAUCACGCUAUACAGUAAAUACACAACAAUGAUAUGUUGUGCACUCUGGCUGUUAUCAAGCUGCAUUACUGUGAACAACACUGAAUCCCACUGUUCACAGAAUAUAUGUAGUCAAAGGUCCGUGUCCAGCAGAGUGGAAAUAUAAUCAGCGGUCAUUGUGGAAUUAAGGCUUUUCCACAUUCCUGUAGUUUGAUGGUUUCUCUUAUCAACUGUGGCAAAUCCAUCUCCCCACAUGUAAUUAGCCCCCCCCCCCCCUCCCCCACUCCCACUCCCACUCCCACCCCCACUCCCACCCCCACUCCCACCCCCUCGUGUCAUGCUGUUAUGUUCUGGAUCUAAUCUUCUCAUGUGAGAUCAUUUGGAGAUAUUCUCUCACUCAGACUAAUCAUACAAUUCAGAGUUACUGUUCAAAUAUCAACAUUCGUCCUCCUCCAUUACCCCAGUGCAUGCUGGGAGAACCUCCAGCCGCUUUCAUCUCAUGGCUGUGAAUAAGGAAAAGCAGGUAUAUGCUAAUCUGAAAUACUGAUGCUGUAUCACACACAGUACGUGUGCUGAAGUAGUGACAGAGUUCCACUGUAUGACUCAUUAAUGCUGAUCUGAGAACAGCUGUAGUUGGAGCACAAAUCCAGAAAACUAGUUAUUGAUUGUAUUUUAUUUUUUUUAACCGUGUGUCUACCUCAUGUUUUUCUGAGUGUGUAAUCUGUGUGUUGGAAUGUGUGCGAGUGUUUUCUGUGUCUUGUGUUUGAACUCGCUUACAUGUAAUACAGCGGUUUUAUGGUCUGAGGCCCCACGUGGUUUUUAUUGCAGUUCACAUUGAAUUUUUCAGUUUUUCGAAGCAAACAAUGAAGGGUUUGAUGUUUCCCGUGAUGGCACCGUUGCCUUUUCUGGGUGUUGUAAAUGUGUAAAACGUUGGUUGGCAGAAGCUUUUUAUACGCUGUAAAUAGGCAUGAUAUUUGUAUACCCAUUAAGUCCAAUAAAGUUUCAUAAUAAUUCA